AUGGAUAACGUAACAGAAAAACUAUUAGAAUGUUUUGGACAUCGCAAGUUUAAAAGUGAGCUUCAAGAAAGAGCCAUUCGAGCAAUCGCUAGAGGUGUCCAUGAUGUUUAUGUUUCAAUGCCUACAGGUUCUGGAAAGUCUUUGUGCUUCCAGUUACCUGCCAUGUUGCAAAAUGACAAAGUGGCUAUUGUGUUUUCACCCCUACUGGCCCUUAUCAAAGAUCAAAUUGAUCAUUUGACAAAAUUAAAAAUUCAAGCUGAAUCAAUAAACUCAAAAAUGACCUCUAAAGACAGAGAAAGAGUAAUUAAUGACCUUAGAAGUAUGAAACCUAAUACAAGAUUUCUGUAUGUCACACCAGAACAAGCUGCAACAGGAACAUUUAAAAAUCUAAUAGAGCAUCUAGUCAAGUAUAAGAAAGUCUCUUAUGUAGUUGUAGAUGAAGCACAUUGUGUUAGUGAAUGGGGGCACGACUUUAGGCCUGAUUAUUUAAAAUUAGGCAACUUAAGGGAAACAUAUAAAAGUAUACCAUGGGUAGCGCUCACUGCAACUGCUAGUGCUGAUGUUGCAAAAGAUAUACUUACAAACCUGAAAUUAUUGCAACCAGUUGCACAAUAUAAGACACCAAGUUUUAGAAAAAAUCUCUUCUAUGAUGUUGUUUACCAGAAUUGUAUUGAGGAUGAAAUUGGUGAUUUAUGUGAGUUUUUAAAGAAAAGUUUAAAAGAAGAUGAAAAUGUUAAACAGAAAGACAAAAAUGCUGUCAUUGUCUAUUGUAGAACUCGUGAACAAACUGAAGAUUUAGCUCAUAUGUUGAACAAAAGGGGUCUCAAAUCUUUAGCAUAUCAUGGAGGGCUCAAGUCUGCGGAGCGUAUCUCGGUGCAGGAACAGUGGUCGGGCGGAGAGUGUCCAUGUGUAUGUGCUACAGUGUCCUUUGGAAUGGGCGUGGACAAAGCCACGGUGCGCGCUGUGGCCCAUUGGGGCAUCGCGCAAAAUGUUGCUGCCUAUUACCAAGAGUCUGGUAGAGCUGGUCGUGAUGGUAAACCGGCAUAUUGUCGCAUUUAUUACUGCCGUAACGAACGCAACGCGGUUGAUUUCCUUCUCAAGUCCGAGGUUGCACGCGCCCGCACACCAGAGCAAAAGCAGCGCUGCAAGAAUGCCUACAAAAGCUUCGAGAUAAUGGUCAAAUACUGCGAGGAUGUGAAGUGCCGGCACAAGGUGUUCGCGGAGUACUUCGGCGAGGAGCCGCCGCAGUGCGUGGGCCGGUGCGACGCGUGCGCGGACGAGCGGCGCGUGCGGCGCGCGCUCGACCAGCACCAGCGGCGCGCGAUGAGCGCCUGCCUCGAGCGCAACGGCUUCGUGGCGCACGCGCACGCGGACACGCACGGCCUGUACGGCCGCGGCCGCGACGGGCUCAGGGAAAUGGAGUCGUAUUAUGCGGAGGACAGCGGUGAAUCGGACGGUGAGAGCCGUCGCCGGGUCGCCGAGGAGACCAAAUCUCUCAUAAUGAAGGAGUUCGCCGAGAGGAAGAAGCGCGUCACGGAAAACGACAGGAAGGCGAGCGACGCCGUGGCUGCUGUCAACUCUAAAUGUAGAGCCGCCGAAAACACUGGCAUUAAGGUCAAUGGCUUAACGGUAGCGAGUCGAGAGAGCUAUCUGUCACUAUUAAUAGAAGCUCUGAAUGCAAACUUGGCGAACAUGAAGAACACCGACGAACCAGAAAGGCCUCUCAAGCGUAAAGACGUGGAGCAGUGCGCUAUUGACUUAGAAUAUGAGGCAUUUUCUAAUAGCACUGUCAUAAGCCUAUAUAGACGGGCAAUGACAAAAUUGAUAAGUUCGGUAAAAGCAUGUACAGAUCAUUUAUUCCCGCGAUUGAAGACAUUUGAACCAAGGAUGGGAGAGACCUUGGGUGAUUUCGUUCGUGAUUUUGAGGCGAAGAAACAGGCCCCACAUGGAUUUAUAACAGCUAGUCAACUAGAAAGCGCCAACAUGGAAGGUAAAAGCGAAAAUAAACUGAUGUCUAAAGCUGAUAAAGACAGUAAAAGAAAAGCUAAUUCUUUCAAACGAGACCUGCUGACUCAAACAAAGUUACAGAAUUUUUUCUCAUUGAAAUCUUCAAACGAAAUGUCAAUGUCUCCAAGUGAUGAAAGUGACCAAGAUAAUACUUUAAUAAUAGACGAAAAUCCUAACAGUAACCAUGACGACACAACACUCAAGAUAGAACGACACGACGAAACGACUACUGUAGCAAAUAACGAUGAUAAUGAUAUUACGCCUCUAAACAUAAAUUCCAAACAUCUUAAUAAACCUCUCGCCAAAAGUUUAUCAAAAACCUUUGUUAUCAACAUUACUUUAGAAGGUGUACCAAAAAAAGAUAUCACAAGUAAAGACAAUUGCAGUGAAAAGGAUAACUUUAAAAAGGGUUCCAUUAAAGAAAUUACCUCACCCAAAAAAAUAAAACCGACUGCUAAAAGAAAAAUUAAAGCACUAUUUGGGGAAUCAUCGGAUAGUGAAACAGAAUUUAUUGAUAAAAGUUCUAGAGAUAUAAGAAAACAUCAUACAAAAGAAAAGCACAAAAAUAACAAACCCUCUAAAGAGAAAAAACGCAAACUAAGCUCUGAUAAAUGUAGACAAGUUGAAAGAAAAUCAAAAUCCAACGAUACUGCUCUUUUUGAUAAUUUAUCUGAUAGUGAUUCUGAAAAAAAAUUAGUUGUUGACGAAGGCACGGAAUCUCAAAAUGACAUUGAUUCAAAUGAAACGAUGGAAACUAAUACUAAUAAACUCUCACCAGAGAUGCGACAUAAAAAUGAUACUGAUAAUCAUGAAAGCGUAUGUAACAAAAAUGGAACUGAAAUCGGCCAAAAUAGUUCUGGUUCUCUAUUAAGUCUUGAUGGCGACACAACUCUUGUAAAAGCCCACAAAUUGAGCGUAGAGGCAGACAAAGUGUUACAAGCAUUGAAACAAUUUUCUGAAAACCCCCCAGAACCUGUGGUUAUAGAAGUUGCUCCAAAAGAAAUAGAUAUCAAAACGCAUGAACCAAAAUCACCACCGAAAGUCAAGCAUAGAUCAAGAGACCAUCAACAUAAAAGCAAACAUGAAUCAAGUUGCAACAUAGAAAAGAAGUAUAAACCUGAAGAAAAAAUCAAACACGAAGAACACAAAAAAGAUAAAGAAAAGAGAGAAUUGUCUAGAUCAGAUGAACACAGAAGUUCAAAACAUCAAGUCAAGGAAUCAAAAAAAGCGGAAAAAGUUGAUGUUGCGGGACUGGUUGUGAAACUACUCAUGCCAUAUUAUAAGAAAAAAAGAAUUAGUAAUAGAGAUUUGUUUAAGAUUACUGCGAGGCACAUAGUACAUCAACUGCUGGCAAUUCAAGUCACUGAGGAAGCAGCAAUAAACAUGUUACUCAAAAAGACUUUCACAAAGGAAGUGAAAAUUGAAAAGGAAAGUGAUCUACCAGUACAGAUUGAUUUAACCAUACAAAAUCUGCAUAAUGUGGUCGUAUCCGAGUUUGAUGACGACGAGCGCCUAAAAAUCCAAAAAGCUGUC